GUUCUGUCUCUCCCUCCAGCCGUCGUGCUUUGCUGAUACUCCCCGGAGGCUGAGAGAGAGAAAGAGAGCGAAGAUGCAGAUAUUCGUGAAAACCCUUACAGGGAAGACCAUAACCCUUGAGGUCGAGUCAUCAGACACCAUCGACAAUGUAAAGGCAAAGAUUCAGGACAAGGAAGGUAUUCCGCCGGAUCAGCAGCGCCUGAUCUUCGCUGGAAAGCAGCUUGAAGACGGUCGAACCCUAGCCGACUACAAUAUCCAGAAAGAAUCGACACUUCAUCUGGUUCUCCGCCUUCGUGGUGGUGCGAAGAAGAGGAAGAAGAAGACCUACACGAAGCCAAAGAAGCUCAAGCACAAGAAGAAGAAGGUGAAGCUCUCUAUUCUCCAAUUCUAUAAGGUGGAUGAUGCUGGGAAAGUGACAAAGCUCCGAAAGGAGUGUCCAAACGCUGAAUGCGGCGCCGGAACGUUCAUGGCAAAUCAUUUCGACCGUCAUUACUGCGGUAAGUGUGGACUCACCUAUGUUUAUCAGAAGGCAGGUGGCGACUGAAUUCAUUAAUCAACUUUCUUUUAAUGCAACUUUUCAAUCUGUUUUCUAUUACUGUUCUUCAAUGAUACUGGCUUCUGAACUUAGUUUUUUCCUAUCAUCAACUAUAUGAGAAUUUUGUAAUGGAAAAGGAACUAUCUUGGGUUCAUAGUACACCUAUGCAAUUUGUCUGU